AUGGAUAAAUAUAUGAUAAUUUCGCCAAUUGGCGAAGGUUCUUUUGCAAAAGUUUAUCGCGGUCGAGAAAAAUAUACUGGACGGGAUGUUGCAUUAAAAUUCAUUUCUAAAUUAGGUAAAACAGAAAAAGAUUUAAAUUUUUUACGACGUGAAAUUGAUAUACUUCGAAAAAUGAAACAUGAACAUAUCGUCGAAAUGUUGAAUAGUUUUGAAACACCUAAUGAAAUUGUUGUUGUUACUGAACGUGGUCUUGCUGAUCUUUAUCAAUUAUUAGAAGAUGAUGUUAGUUUACCAGAAGAUGCGGUACAAAAAAUUGCUUGUCAAUUAGUAUCAGCUCUUUAUUAUUUACAUUCUCAUCGUGUUCUACAUCGAGAUAUGAAACCACAAAAUAUUUUAAUCUUUCCAUCUGGAAGAGUAAAAUUAUGUGAUUUUGGUUUUGCUCGAAAUAUGACAAUGGAUACAAUGGUGUUAACAUCAAUUAAAGGAACUCCACUGUAUAUGUGUCCGGAACUUGUGGGUGAUAAACCAUACGAUCAUUCAGCAGAUUUAUGGGCACUCGGAUGUAUAUUAUACGAAGUUUAUCAUGGUAAACCUCCAUUUUUUACCAAUAAUGUAUUUCAUUUAAUCAAAAUGAUUGGAAAAGAAUCUGUUAAAUGGCCGAAAGUAAUUAGUCCUGAUAUGCGUAGUUUCUUAGAAGGUCUUCUUACGAAAGAUUCUACUCAUCGUUUAACAUGGCCAGAUUUAUUACAACAUCCAUUUGUACGAACAGGAGUUAAAGUUCCACUUUUAACUGAAUCAAUUAUUGGUCCAUUAACACAACCACCAACUGAAGAACAACGUAUUUUAAAACAACAACAAAUUAAAGCUAAAGGUGUUUCACGUGGUCCUUCAAAACUUCUCUCAAAAUUUAUGCCAGAUGAACAUCGAAAAGAUGCUCCAAAAUCACCUGGAAAUAAAGAUAAAACUCCAAAGAAAACAAAAAUUCCAACACCACAAAAACCUGAAGUAAAACAACCUCCUCCUCCUCCACUACACCCACCACCUCCUCCGCCACCACCACCUGUUGAACCCAUUAUUAAUCAUUCUGCUCUUAUUGUUGAUUCAUUAACAAGUCAAGAUGAUAAAUUUGUAUCUGCACGCGACAAUCUUACUACAUCUCGAACAACUGAAGAACAAGAAAUCGAACAAUAUGCUGAACAAAUCGAAUCAAUGUCAAAUGAACAAUUAAUUCAUUUAAUUCAACAACCAGCAUUUGCUCAAUUAUUUCAAACAAUUCAAAUAACAGUCUUAUCCAAACUAUUAGAAUGUACUCUUAAUGGUGCUUCAUUCUAUCGAAAUAUGAUGAAAAUUAUUCGUUUUAUUUUACAAGCUGAUAUUGAUCCGAAUUAUAUUAUUUUAUUUACAAAUACAAUUCAUGUACCAGAUUUACUAUUAAAACAUCUAAAAGCAAUUUUUGAUCAUUCAACAAUUCGAAAAGAACCUUGGUUUGCUCAUAUUCUUUAUGAUAUUUUAAUUGUUUUACGUCUUUGGUUUGAAUUAAUUACUGCGUAUACACUUCAACAAUUAGAUGAAGAUCAAUGUCAAUUUUAUUUAAAUAUGUCACAUGAAUUUCUUGAAUUAACAUCACUAAUAUUAAAUAUAGGAUCAACAUUAGAUUACACGAUUUGUUGUGAAGCAUUAAUGAUAUUAAUUAUUCUUUGUGAAUCAUAUGAAGAUGCUUCACCGAUACUUUGUCAAGCGUGGUACGAUCCAAUACGUUUAGAUAAAUGUCAAAUAUGGUCAGCAAUUGCUCAAUUAAUAACAACGAAUUCUAGAAUCGAAAAUCCAAAUGCCGAAAUUUACAACGAAACAUUAAUGUAUACUGUAGCUACUAUAGCAGCUCUUACUUAUCCAUCACAAUGUUUACCUGAUGAAUUACUUGAAGCAAAAAUCAAAGUAGCAAAUUCUCUUGCAUUAAAAUUACUUGAUUCGAAUUAUGCGGCAUUUCGUGAUGUAUGGCUUGGUCAAUUUUAUACACCAAAAUGUUGUUCAAAUAUUCUUAAAGCACUUUAUGGAAUGUGUUUAUCAACACCACGUUUUACUGCAUUUAUAUUUGAUGGACCAUUUGUAUCAAAUGAACUUCUUAGUUUAAUUCGUGGUCAGAUUGCAACAGAAGAAUCUGAUUUAGAUGAAGCAAUUGAAUUAUCAAUUCAUAUUAGUACUGUUAUGAUAAAACAAAUUAUUUUACAAUAUGAUAAUAAUACACGAAUUGAUCUACGAAAUCAGCCAAUAGUUAAGGAAGAUCGUAAAUUAGAAAAUUCUACAAAUGUAUUAACAACUGAAGUUGUUACAUUAACAUGUAAUAUAUUCAUGUUUCCAUUUUCUAUUGAAACAAGUGAAACAUUUCUUGAACGAACAUUAGAAUUAUGUCAACGUUAUGAUAUUAUUCAAAAACUUCUCUGGGUAACAAUGACACAUUUACCAAUUGAUCGUAUUGAAGUACCUAUUGGUCUUAUUGCACAAUUAAGUUAUUAUCAAGAAUCUUCUCGAAAAACAAUCAGUCAAAUGUUAAUGGAAGAUGUACAGUUAUGUCAAUUCUAUGCGAAUGUUCUUAAUGGAAGUAAUGAUAGUGAAUUCAUUCUAUGUGAUGUAUUUUUUACAUUUACAAAUUUAAUAAAAACAACAGAUAGUGUUGUAUCAUCAUUAAGUGAUAUACUUAGUGGACCACAAAAUGAUUUUGAUGUUUUAAAACGUGCAUUAUCAGGAAGUAAUUUAACAAAAGCAAAAUGUUGUUUUCUUAUGGGUCAUAUGACAAAAUCAUCGCGUACAUUUUGUACAGUUCUUAAAACUCAUCCAGAUGUACUUGAUCAAUUACGUCAAUGUUGUUUUGAAGAAGAUUCACAUGUUCGAAAAAUGGCUUUUUUUGUAUUGGGAAAUUUUAUAUCUACAAAUGAAAUUCUCUAUGAAUAUGUUGAUGAAUUAACACCAUUUCUUGUUCAAGCAUUAAAUGAUACUAUUUCAAAAAUACGAUCACAUGCCGUUAAUACACUUGGUUUUUUGGCACGUUAUCGUUUAUCUGAACGUUUAAUUAGUUUUAAAGUUCCGGAAAAACUACUCGAUGUUGCUUGUCAUGAUACACAUGUAAUCGUACAAGAAUUUGCACUUCGUGUACUUAAACAAAUGUUAAAACAUGAACGAGCAAAAGAGAUUUUACAAGAAUGUAAUGCAACUGAUAAACUUUCCAAUUUACUUUCAAAUUUAUGUAUACAAAUGGAAAAUAAUCAAUAUAGUGAAGUUGAUGGACUAGUUGAUGAAUGUGAAGAACUUUUAAGUAUGCUCAUUGAACAAUGCACUUAA